AGAACUGCUGACCAGUUGCAAUAACGACACAGCGUAUGUUUUCCUACUACCGUGUAAUCCACUUUGCUGCUAGAGCUAACUGUUAAAUGUCAGUAACAUUUUGUUCGAAACCAUGACUCGUCCUAUAUUAGCCGCGGCCUUGAUCAUUUACAACCUCCUUGCAGUCAGUACGGGAGUGGGUGCCACCUGCAUGGCCUGCCCUAAUUGCGAUUAUGAGCGAAUCAGUAUUCAACAAGGGGAUGCAUGCCUCAACUACUGGACAUGCUCAGGCGAUACCAUCACGUGUUAUUACCCCUCUGUUGCAAAUCCGGGAACGUUCACAUCGUGCUCGUACAGUGGAUCGAGCAGUUGGGCACUUACAGCUGGCCCCAGCGAUAUAUGUUUCUCGGUUGCGGGAGAUAACUCCAAGUGUUUACCUCCUAAUGAUCCUUACAACAACUUCGUCGGCUGCACCGCUUCAUACGGGUACGACGGUGGAGUAAACAGUGGACUGUUGAAAAAAAGGGAACAAACAGAUGAGCUGAGCUGAAGGGACUAGCAUCAAUUGUUAUGAAAAAAAAUAGACAACUUAUUAAAUUGAUCUUCAACGGACAAAGCGUUGCUU